UAAUGAAAUACAAACCGACACAAACAACUCUCCAAAAACCAAAAUCCUUUCCUUCUUUGCCUCUUCAUCUUCUCUUUUUCUCUUCGUCUUCGUGAAUCGUAUCUGCAAUCCCUGAUCUGCUAAACACUGGUUCACCAAAGUCCACUGAUGCCUGUGAUGCGGAUAAAUGUGCUGGUUCCAUUGUCGAAGGCGAGGCCUUGGUGUCGUCGCUGUCUUUGGUCUAUGGCGAGGCUUUUUCGGAACGCUUCCAUUUUCAGACACUAUCUACAUAUUUCGGAGGGCUUUAGAAGAGUCAUAUUGGGCACUUCUUCUCAGUUUUGCGAAUUUUCUACAAGAGUUCUUUCCAGAAAACGCUAAAGCUAAUCGCAUGGGUUGGUUUCAGCUUCAGAGGCGCCGAAAAGAAUGCAUAUGCUUGGAGCAGAUCCUGGUAGGCAGUUUUCGUAGUAGUCUCAUAAGGAGCCUGUAUUAUGAACAAGUAUUAUAUUUUUCAAAUAUACUGUCUACUGUAUUAUAUACAUAUCAUGUUUACUGGGAGUUAGUUGUUGAUUAUAUACAUAUACAAGGACCUUUUCCAGUGAUAACAAUUCGCUGGAAAUAG